CCGCUACCGUGAGCCUGUCCAGCUCUCACUGCGCCUGUUCGGGGAGGUAGUGGAGUGCACUGCGAAGCUGACCUCACCCUUCCCCGCAACUGCCUCGAGGAUAACCAGGACAUACAUGAUGAAGGCUGUUCCAGACCGUUUGGGGAUCUUUUUCGGAAAUUGUUUUGCAUUACGCGUGCGAGAAUCAAUCAACUACAGUUCCCACUAGUUAUCGGCACUUCUACGGAAAUCUAUGACGCACAAGCAACUUUAAUAUUGAUAUUAUAUUUAUUUUUAAAUGUUUUCAUAAAACAUGAGGAUGGUAGGGUGUGAGCCGAGGUAACCUGCUAUCUUUGUCAAUUAAACAUUCCCAGCAGUUAUGGCAUUUGUGUCUAAAUAUCGAACUAUACAUGCUGACUUAUCUGGAAGGCUUUCAUGUUAGCCUUUAUCUGAGAGGAUGCGGAGGAUCCUUCUCCCCGGGUCCUCGGUGUCCUCUCUGCCGCCGUAAUGGCUUGCCGGAGAGGCUGCUGCUUCGGCGCGAUGAACGAUGAUAACGCGCGGUUCCUAAUGCUAGCGGUGCUGAUCAUGCUGUAUCUGCUGUGCGGCGCGGCGGUGUUCUCCGCGUUGGAACAACCGAAGGAGCGGCAGGCCAAAGAGCGGUGGGCGCAGCGCUUCGAGAACUUCACCCAGAAGCACAACCUCACCCGGACCGAUUUGGAGACCUUUCUCCGGUUCUAUGAGGAGGCGAACGUCGCCGGUAUCCGCGUGGAUACACUCAGACCACGCUGGGAUUUUACCGGCGCUUUUUACUUCGUGGGGACCGUUGUUUCGACCAUAGGAUUUGGCAUGACCACCCCGGCCACGGUCAGCGGCAAAGUCUUCCUCAUCUUCUACGGCCUGAUCGGCUGCGCCUCUACCAUCCUCUUCUUCAACCUCUUCCUGGAGCGUAUCAUCACGGUGCUCGCCUUCGUCCUAAAGUCGUGCCACGGGCUGCAGCAUCAGCGCCAGGGCGUGGUGCCCCACGAUGGCAGCAGGGAGAUGUCACUGCCAGGACCCAGAGAUAGAGACAGGGACAUUCUGGCUGGAUGGAAGCCUUCAGUGUACUAUGUGAUGCUGAUUCUCUGUGUGGCCGCUGUGGUGAUCUCCUGCUGUGCCUCGGCCAUGUACUCAGCGGUGGAGGGGUGGGGCUAUCUGGACUCGCUGUACUUCUGUUUUGUGGCGUUCAGCACCAUCGGGUUCGGGGACAUGGUGAGCAGCCAGAGGGUCGCGUACGAUGGGAACCAGACAGCCUACAGACUGGGGAACUUCCUGUUUAUAUUGAUGGGCGUCUGCUGUAUCUACUCGCUGUUCAACGUCAUAUCUAUCGUCAUCAAGCAGCAGACUCUUAACUGGCUGCUGAGGAAGCUGGGCAUUCUCUGCUGCCGCUGCUGCUCCGCCGGGAUCGGGAAGAGACUCCGGCCUCGCCGGAACGCCGUGAUGCCCAGCAGCACUGGACACGGACACCCCCGGGCGCGGCGGACUGUCUCCAUAGAAACGGACGCGGUGAACGAGAGCGAGACGGAUGGAGGCCGGCGGAUGUCUGGGGAGAUGAUCUCCAUGAGGGACUUACUGGCGACCAAUAAGGUGAACCUGGCACUGAUGCAGAAGCAGCUGUCGGAGGCAGCAACCAAUGGGAUCCCUCGGCCGUCCGUCUCCAACCAAAACAGACUAAAUGUAUUUUCUGGAGGAGUGGGAGCGCUGGGCAUCAUGAACAACAGGCUGGCUGAGACCAGUGUCAACAGAUGACUAUUACAAUACUCAUCAUAAUAACUUUAUUUCUUUUCAGUACAAGUAACAAAGUGCUUCACAUCAUAAAAUAAACGAUAAAAGUACUAAAGAAAGAAACAAAAAGACAGGAGGAAGAGGAAUAAAACAAGACGAUAAUUAGUCAUCUUCGUGGUUGUCCUCUUUAGCUCAGUUGGCAUGGUGAUUGCAAUGUCAGGAUAUUGGGUUUGAU